AUGGAUUGGUUAAUACCUUUCCAUUUAAUUGAACAAUACGCUGCUCAUUUAGAUGCUAAUGAAAAUACUCGUGCAACUGAAGCAACGAUCUGCAACUGUAGUCAGAAUCGGAUUGGCAGGUAUUGUGAAUACAAUUUUGAUUCGAGGAAGAUUACGCCUGGUCAGUGGUUAGAUCGCCAGAUGUCCGUAGUGUUUUUAAAUAAUUACGAAACACUUACAAGACUCGUGGAUGGAAUCAUAUGUACAGGAGCAGAUAUGUUUCUCGAGUGGCGACAUAUUUGUGAUGGGUUCACUCAGUGUGCAAAUGGGGCUGACGAGCUUGAUUGUCAUCUGCUGGAAUUUUCCAAAUGUGAAAUAAAUGAAUUUCAAUGCCGUAAUGGAAUGUGUAUUCCAAUCGAGUUUGCCUUCGAUGCAAUGCCUGAUUGUAUGGAUUGGAGUGAUGAGCAAGCUCUUGAUGAACUCUACAAACGGUACGAUAACUGCGCAACGCAGUCGACGUUCGAGUGCGAUGAUCGACUGUGUCAUAAAGACCAGUUUUCAUGUGGAAAUGGUGAGUGCAUUCGAUGGUCAGCAAUUCUGAGCGACCAGAAAGAUUGUGGUAACUACCGUGAUCUCGCCUACAUUUGUGAAAUAUCAAACUUGCUCUUUGAGACUCGUGGAGUAUGGUCUGGCAUCUGCAAACAAACGAUGGAACUUGUCCCUCCUGUAACGAACAGUUCAGGCUGUCGACAAACUCUUGGACAUUUACUACAAACUCAUCCUCCUCAGCAAUUCAGGGAUCUUGCCAUUAUUAAUUUCAGAACGCGUUGUGAUGAUCUCAUCCUGUAUUCAGAACAAAAUGCUUUCUUUCCAGGUUUGAAAAUGAUCUACAAUCGCUCUCGUAUCCAAAUAUUCGUCAGCAAUCCAAGUAAUUUAUAUAAACCAAUACCGAAGACACCUGAUCUAUACUAUUUCACUGGUAUCAUUGUCUGCGACGGGAUACCGUUAAAUACAUCGGAAAAAAUCUGGUUCAGUCAUCAAGAAUUGCAAGAACUCAUCUCUUACCCCUUUUUUCCACUCUUUCAUUUAAUUUGUCAAAAAAUAAUGAAUGAAUCGUUGAGUAAUAUGAAAACUGAAAAUGAUUUGGAUUCAUCAAUCUCACCAUCGUUAUAUCGAUGCAGAAAUACAUCAGAUCGCCUAUCAUUACGUCGAGUCAAUGAUGGUUAUAUCGAUUGUCUUUAUGGCGAUGAUGAGAGAAACCCCGAUUAUCCAAUGACUCAACUGUUUCGUUAUCAAUGUCAAACUGUCACAUCUCCAUCUCAAUAUGUCAGCUAUGCUAAAUUAGGUGAUGGUGUGAAUGAUUGUGCCGACGGAAGUGAUGAAGUAUCCAAUGAGAUACGCUGGUCAACUUUCAAAUGUGAUGUGAAUGAUAAUUAUGCGUGUUGGGUUUUUCAAGGCGAUCAAUUCAGAGAGAAUCGUCUAAAAGACGUUCGACUUCAUUUUCAUCGUUACUGUGAUUCGGUUUGGGAUAUGAUGGAUGGUCUAGACGAAAAGAACUGCUCACAUUGGAUGUGUGACACUGGCUUAUAUAAAUGUAAUCGAUCAGGGCAGUGUAUCGAACCGAAAUCGUUUUGUGAUGGAGAACUAGAUUGUGAUGAUGGCGAGGAUGAAGUCAAUUGUUCUCAGAUAUCACUGAAAUGGAAAUUUGAACUGAACUGUAACACUCGUACUGAGUAUUUUUGCAUCACUGAUGAGUAUAUCAAGAAUCAAAGUUUGAAUCGUUCUUGUAUUUCUUGGCAUCAAGUGGGUGACGGGCAUAUUGAUUGUAUUGGAGCUCGUGAUGAACGUAAUGUUGCUUCGUGUCCUGAUCAUCGGAUGGUUGGUGAUCGUUUCUUAUGCGAUAAUGGAAGGAAAUGCGUCGAUCACAUGGCAGUAUGCAAUGGGAUCAAGGACUGCGCAGACGAAACUGAUGAGUCAAUUUGCUUUUGGAAUACUGGCUAUUGUCCUGCUGGCCAGUUUUCUUGUGCAGAUCGAAAUGGUUGCAAGACUACGAGAUGUAUAGCAGAAACGACAUGCAAAGAUAAAUCUCAUUAUUUCUGGUGCCCGAGUUCAAACAGUGAAAAUUAUGUCUAUCGCUCAAGUAAGGACAGAUCGGUAUUUGAUAAUAAGAAAAGAUGUUACAAUCAGUUGGAAUCCCACAUCAAAUUUGCAAUUCCAUCGCCAUCCUCAAAUCAACAAGUGAAAGCAUUAGGUGAUCGAUACUUUUACUGUAAUCGAGGUUUUUAUCUGCAAGCAGUCGACAGCUCAGAAUUCAUCUGCUUUUGUCCGCCGACUUUUUACGGCGAUCGUUGUCAAUACGACAGUCGACGAGUAGGCAUUCGACUUCGUUUCGACCGAGGGCACCGUCCUGAUCUUCCAUUUAUUUUGAAUGUUCUUGUCACACUUGUUCUGAACGGAAGCACAGUAGUUGAUCAUCGAUUUUUUUUGGAUGUAGCCAAAGAAUACUCAUCAAAGUCUAUGACCCACUUGAUCUAUCCUCGUCCGAAACCACCGGGCACCUUUUCUGUUCGAAUUGAGACCUAUCAUUCUACAGAAUUAAUCCAUUUCUGGGAAUAUCUUAUCAGUCCACUAGACUUUUUGCCUGUACUACGUAUUGCCAAAGUGCUUCGAUUUCCUGCUCGCUCAUUUCCCUGGCUUUGUUCACACAACUAUUGUAAAAACAAUGGUACCUGUCACCAACGAGAAGACAAUCGAUUUCUCUGCAUUUGUGCAUACGGUUGGAAAGGUAAACUGUGCGAGAUGAGAACUGAGUACAUUCAUUGUGGAUCACAUUCACUAGCACGAACAGAAACUAUCUGUGUUUGUCCGCAAGGCUACCUCGAACCUUACUGUUACGUUCAGAACCUAAAAUGUCAACAACACAACUGUGAACUGAAUGAAACUUGCAUUCCACGAUCACAUCCUCCUAUCUAUGGACAUAUUUGUAUCUGUAACACAUCCAAUUGUAAUAUUUACAAACCAAUGAUUAGUAUUCAUCGACAAGAGCCAAAUCAGUCACCGUUUCUUUUGCAAUUACUCCAGCUUGCAGGAGACUAUCCGACAAUUCGUCAGCAAAUCCUCGGUCAACCACUGACCUCGUUUCCAUUGACUCAAACGAUUAAAACGCGUGAUAGUCGUUUUACAAUUGGAGAACAACCUGAAAUUGGAUUACUCUUUACUUUUGAACCAAAUGCACAUUCGAUCGAGACUACAUUAUAUUUGCUUUUUAUCAAUUGCUCUAAUGCGAUGCGAAACUUUUCUGUUGAUCUUGAUCAACAACUAAACAAAUGUCAUGUUCUACCCAAAAAUCAAAGACAUGCUGUUACCUUGUUUGGCAAUUUUUGCCAAAGUUCCACCUAUGGUUCUUGCUUUAUAUCUGAUGGAUAUCUCUGUUAUUGUGGUUAUCCGAAUAAAAAUCACAGUAAUUGUCUUUCCUAUCAACGCCGUUACACGUUUGUUGGUGCUGAUAUUGUUGCUUGUACGGAUUAG